AUGCCGUACUCCGAUGGAUUUGGGGUCCUCAAGAUUGGUCUGGAUAUAAAUCAAGUUAUUACCCCAGCUGAAGAAUUUCCGAAAAUAAAGGACAUACUAAUUGAUCUUGUAAUCGACCACCGAGUGAAACCCGUGCAGCAACCCUACCGACGGACUCCACUAGCUCUAGAGGAGAGAAUCAACCAGAAAAUUGAUGAGUUAGUUGGAGCUGAUAUAAUUGAGGCAGUUCAGGGAAGUAGUCGGUGGAUCUCACCGAUUGUACCAAUCGUGAAAGAUAACGGUGAUUUGAGACUCUGUAUCGACAUGCGGAGGGCCAAUCAAGCCAUCGUGAGAGAACAGUAUCCGCUGCCAACGAUCGAAAGUUAUUUACAUCGCUUGGCAGGUGCUCGUCUCUUCUCAAGGCUGGACAUCAAAAAUGCUUUCCACCAGCUAGAAUUGGACAAGAGAUGUCGUUACAUUACAACAUUUAUCUCAAGGAGAGGUCUUUUUCGUUAUAAGAGACUGAUGUUUGGAAUAAAUGCAGCACCGGAGAUUUUUCAAAGGACCAUGGAAAACCUAUUGGUGAACUGCAAGAACUGUUUGAAUUAUAUCGAUGAUAUAAUUGUAUUCGGCUGUGAUGUGAAGGAACAUGAUGAAUGUCUCAACAACGUCAUAAAAGUACUCAGAGCAUAUAAUGUGCUUUUAAACGAAGAGAAAUGCGUUUACCGAGUAAAAGAAUUAAUAUUCCUGGGACAUCAUUUGUCUGAGAAAGGCAUUCGCCCGCUUAAAGAGAAGAUAGCAGCAAUAAGAGCUUUUCGGGAACCAAAAACUCGAGAGGAGCUUCAAAGCUUCCUGGGAUUGGUGACAUAUAUUGGGCGAUUUAUCCCCAAUUUGGCGACAGAAACUGAUACUCUCAGAUUAUUGCUUAAAGGUGACAAGAUAUUUCUUUGGAAAGAAGAGCACAAAUUGGCUUUCAGGCGACUUCUCGAAGUGAUUGGAGACAUUCGAACUUUGGGAUAUUAUGAUCCAAAAGACCGCACUCAAGUCAUCGCAGAUGCAAGUCCUGUAGGACUUGGUGCAGUGCUCAUACAAUUCAAAGGUGAAACUCCACGGGUUAUCUCUUAUGCAAGUAAGAGUUUGACUGAGACAGAAAAACGAUAUUGUCAGACUGAGAAAGAAGCCCUCAGUUUGGUCUGGGCAGUGGAGAAAUUUUACAUCUUUCUUUGUGGCAUUGAAUUUGACCUCAUCACCGAUCACAAGGCGCUGGAGACUAUAUUCAAACCUUCUUCCAAGCCUUGUGCAAGAAUUGAGAGGUGGGUGCUAAGGCUUCAAUCUUUCAAAUACAGAGUUCUGUAUAAAAAUGGAAAGAUGAACAUUGCCGAUUCAUUGUCACGAUUGGGAUUACCAAAAGAGGCAGAGCCGUUUGAUGAAGAUGGCGAAUAUUAUAUCAGGAGUGUAGUACAAAUUGCGGUACCUACGGCCUUGUCUCUGGAGGAAAUAAAAAAGGAGUCGGAAAAUGAUCCAGAAUUUCUGCAGUUGAAACAAGCCUUGGAGUCAGCUAACUGGAAAAACCAGAACAUUAAGCAGUACGCUCCGUUUCGCCAUGAAAUUUCUGCUGUUGAUGAUGUGUUUCUGCGUGGAACUAAAAUCAUCAUUCCGAGAAGUUUGCGCAAAAGGGUUCUGGAGAUCGCUCACGAGGGUCAUCCGGGAGAAUCGCUGAUGAAGCGGAGGGUUCGCACUAAAGUUUGGUGGCCUAAAAUAGACAGGAUGGUUGAACAACAUGUGAAGAAGUGCAGGUCAUGUGUAUUGGUGUCCCAACCACUAAAUCCUGUUCCAAUGACACGCAGGCCUCUUCCGGAAGCACCAUGGGUUGACACAGCAAUUGAUUUUCUAGGCCCAUUGCCCACUGGUGAGUACCUCUUAGUAAUUGUUGAUUACUAUAGCCGGUAUCAGGAAAUUGAGGUUAUGGAUAAAGUCACAUCCCGUGAAACUAUCAAUCGAUUGGAGAAGAUAUUUUGCCGCUUGGGAUUCCCAAAGACAAUAUCUUUGGACAAUGGGAAGCAGUUCGUGAGUCGAGAGUUCACCCAUUAUUGUAAAAGUAAUGGUAUAAAAUUGAACUCUGUUGCUCCAUAUUGGCCCCAAGCAAAUGGGGAAGUAGAGCGACAAAAUCGCUCUAUUCUAAAACGACUGAAAAUAAGCCAUCUGGAAGAACGAGACUGGAAGCGGGACCUUCUGGCUUACCUGGCCAUGUAUUACAACACACCUCAUUCAGUUACUGGAAAACCUCCUGCUGAGCUAUUUUACGGACGCCUACUUCGUGAUAAGAUUCCUUUAGUAACUGAGGCUGCAACCCCCAACGAUGAGGAAGUCAGGGAUUUUGACUGGGAACAAAAGGAAAGGGGAAAGGAGCUAGAAGACAAGAAGAGAGGAGCUACAGAUCAUGACUUCAAAGAGGAAAGCUCAGUAUUCGUGAAAAAUCAAAACUGCUCAGAUAAACUCUCUCCUACGUUUUUGACAGAGGAAUUCUGCAUCAUUGAGCGUCGAGGGAAUACAGUGACUGUGCGAGGAAAGCUUUCUGGGAAGAUCUACAAAAGGAACAUCUCUCACAUUAAGCUGGUACCGAGAGUGGAGAAGUUACAACUAAAAAGACAAGGAGAGGUGUGGGAACUGGAGUGA